CUUUCCCCUCCCACUCCCACUCCCUCCUCCUGCAGAACCACAGAGCAAAAUCCAAAAAAUGGCGAAAGACGUCGAAGUAAUCGAAUCCGGCUCCCAAAACGUGACCGAAUACACCGCGAAAGACUACACCGAUCCCCCUCCUUCCGCUCUCUUCGACUUCGAAGAACUCACCAAAUGGUCCCUCUACCGCGCCACCAUAGCCGAGUUCAUCGCCACCUUCCUCUUCCUAUACGUCACCAUCCUCGGCUCCACCCACCAAUCCGACCCCCUCCUAUCCCCCACCGCCGACUGCGACGGCGUCGGUAUUCUCGGCAUCGCCUGGGCUUUCGGCGGCAUGAUCUUCAUCCUCGUCUACUGCACCGCCGGCAUCUCCGGCGGCCAUAUUAACCCCGCCGUCACUUUCGGCCUCUUUCUGGCUCGCAAAGUUUCGCUUUUUAGGGCUUUGCUCUACAUGGUGGCGCAGUGCCUCGGAGCCAUAUGUGGGGCGGGGUUAGCUAAGGGGUUUCAGAGAGCUUAUUAUGAGCGGUAUGGCGGCGGAGCGAAUGUGGUGGCGGAUGGGUAUUCCAAAGGUACGGCCUUGGGGGCGGAGAUCGUCGGAACUUUCGUUCUCGUUUAUACCGUCUUCUCCGCCACCGAUCCCAAACGGAACGCACGUGAUUCGCACGUGCCGGUGUUGGCACCGUUACCUAUUGGUUUUGCAGUGUUCAUGGUACAUUUGGCGACCAUUCACAUCACUGGUACAGGAAUCAAUCCAGCCAGAAGCUUCGGAGCUGCUGUUAUCUACAACAAAAGCAAAGCUUGGGAUGAUCAGUGGAUUUUCUGGGUGGGACCACUUGUAGGAGCAGCAGCUGCUGCAAUUUAUCACCAGUAUGUACUCAGAGCUGCAGCUGUCAAAGCUCUUGGAUCCUUCAGGAGCAAUGCAUGAUUACAGUUUCUGAUGAAAAUAAAGAGAGGGGUUGCUUUGAAAGAUGAACUAAAAGAAGGGGGUUAAAAGCUAAAAGCAAUGAAAAAGCUUAGAACUGUAGAUAAAGCAGGGAAGGGGGGGAAGGAAGAGUCUAUGAUGGGAUGGGGAGUCUUCUGCUUUGGUUUAUUCUCUCUUUCAUGUGCUUUGAGUGUAGUAUAGCUGCUUUGAUUAUGUCUAUAUGUACGUGUUUCUGCUUUAAUGUCAUCUUUUUAAGACUUAUUAAGCUUCCAUUUUUAUGAGUUAGUUUAAUUCUGCUGUUUCAAUGCAGAUUUUUCUUUUCUUAUUUUAAGCUUUUCUCUUUGUUAUUGAAGUGGUGUGUAUUUCUUUAAAAUUUAUGAAUAAAGGGUGGUUUAUGUGA